AUGGCGCAAGAAAAGGAUAUCCAGCCCAGCGCGGCUGUCCACCAACAACCGCUCUACGAGGACCAUGAGCACCACAAGGGCGCUGCGGACAAGGUCAUCAACGAUGCUCGUCUCGCAACGGAGAAGGAGCACAACAUGACGCUGUGGCAGGGCAUCAAGCUCUACCCCAAGGCGAUUGGGUGGUCGAUGCUGAUCAGUACCUGCAUCGUCAUGGAAGGCUACGACGUCUGCUUGCUGAACAACUUCUUUGGCUUCCCGCAGUUCAAGCAGAAGUAUGGCGAGCAGCUGCCUAACGGUACCUGGGAGAUUCCUGCGAAGUGGCAGGCUGCAUUGAGCAACGGUGUCAUUGUUGGCGAGAUCAUCGGUCUGUUUCUCAAUGGUUGGAUCAGUGAGUCGAUUGGGUACAGAUACACUGUCAUCGGGUGUCUGUUCCUGAUCGUCUGCUUCACUGCCAUCUUCUUCACCGCCCAGACGGUGGUGCACCUCCUGGUCGCCGAGAUUCUCUGCGGUAUUCCAUGGGGUGUGUUCCAGACACUCACGAUCACUUAUGCAAGUGAGGUCUGCCCUGUUGCGCUGCGUGGUUACUUGACAACAUACGUCAACUUCUGCUGGGGACUCGGCCAGCUCAUUGGCAUUGGCGUGAUCCGCUCCAUGGUCACCCGCGAAGACGAAUGGUCUUACCGCAUCCCCUACGCCCUGCAGUGGAUGUGGCCUGUGCCUCUCAUAAUCGGUGUCUUCCUGGCUCCGGAGUCGCCCUGGUGGCUCGUUCGCAAGGGCCGUCUUGAAGACGCGAAGAAGUCGAUGCUCCGUCUCACCAGCUUGAACCGCGAGACUAACUUCGAUGCCGACGAGACUGUGGCCAUGAUGGUGCACACGACUGCUUUGGAAGAGAAGAUCACCAAGGGUGCCACCUACCUCGACUGCUUCAAGGGCGUUGACUUGCGCCGUACGGAGAUUGUCUGCAUGGCCUGGGCUAUUCAGAACUUGUCUGGUAACGCCUUCUCCGGCUACUCGUCGUACUUUCUGCAGCAAGCCGGCCUCGAUCCGUCUACUUCAUACGACUUUGCAAUGGGCCAGUACGGCAUCAACAUGGCCGGUGUCUUUGGCGCCUGGUUUUUGAUGAAGUGCGGUGUCGGACGACGAUCUCUCUACCUCUACGGUCUCUGCGGUCUCUGCACGAUGCUCUUCGUCAUGGGCUUCCUCGGCCUCGUACCAGCGGCCGACCGCGAGAAGGGCGCCAUGGCCACCGGUGUCAUGAUGCUUGUGUGGGCCAUGUUCUACCAGCUCACCGUCGGCACCGUGUGCUACUCGCUCGUCGCCGAGCUGUCGACUCGCCGCCUCGCGAUCAAGACUGUCGUUCUCGGCCGCAACCUGUACAACGUCAUCGGCAUAAUCACGUCCGUACUGACGCCGUACAUGCUGAACCCCGGAGAGUGGAACUGGGGCAACUAUGCCGGUUUCUUCUGGGCCGGGUCCUGCUUCCUCAGCAUCGUGUACACCUUCUUCCGGCUGCCGGAGCCCAGGGGCCGCAGUUUCGCGGAGCUGGACCUGCUGUUCGAGCAGCGUGUCUCUGCGCGCAAGUUUGCGAGCACCGAGGUCGAUGUGUUUGGCGAGAAUGCGCUCGAUGGCACUAACGCGUUCGAGUCGUAUGAAGAGAAGCUGCAGUUUACCCAAAGCGGCCGCAACAGCAAACAAAGACAGCCAGUGCGCGCAGACACCGCGGGCCACCUCCAUGGAGCGCCUCCCCCGGCCAUGUCGUCCCGAAACCUCGCGAACAUGAAGCCGUCCGCCUCGACGGCCGACCGCCGCGCAGGCAAUGCGAACUACACAUCCACGGCGCGACCCCGCGGGGCCGGCGAGGGCGACGAGAGGCGCGAAUCGGCCAGGACGACGCACCGCGGCACUCGCUCGAGCGCCAUGGGCAGCGCGGCCGAGCUGAGGGAGCGGCGCACCGAGAAGCGCGAGGUGCGUGAGCGCGAGACUGAAGUCCGGCGGCGCAGCCCUCUGAAGCACUCCACUGAGAGCCGCGCCAACGCCCGCAGCCGCGCUGAGAAGCCGUCGCAGGACGUCGAGAGGCGGGGCGCCGCGUCGUCGAGACAGCCCUCGGAGCAGCCGCUGCCGUUGUGGGAUCCCCACGCCAGCUUGUUGCCGCACACGACCGCCCCGCUGGCGACGCGCAUCUCGAUUCCUCCGCUUGCGUCGACGGCGCCGGCGACGCUGCAGCCCGUCCCGCUUGCGCAGCUCUCACUGGACGCGCAGGAGAAGGCGGUCAUCGAGGACCUGCUGUUUGUCUUCAUGGGCUUCGAGGGGCAGUACAUCCGCUUCGCCGAUGCAUACAACCCGCACGAGGAGAAGGAGCGGCUGCUGGGCCCGCCGUUCAAGCUCCUGCCAGGCCUGGACCCCAGUCUGAAGGACCUCGCCAAGGCCAUGCUGCGGACGGCGACACACUACAUUGCGGUCGAGACGUGCGUCGAGGUGCUCAGCAGAGAUCAGUAUGGCGCCGUCAACCACGCGCUGUGUGCUGCCAUCCGGCGGCUGCUGAAGGACUACCUGACACUGAUCGCGCAGCUGGAGCACCAGUCGCUGACGAAUGACUCGUUCACGCUGCACAUCCUGAAUCUGCACAUGAAGCAGACGAGCCACAUGCUGUUUCAGCUGUACACGACCGGCAUCGAGCUGCUCAAGGCGAACGGGAUCCUGGAGGACCACAAAGACGAGGAGACGGACGACGACACCAACGACUUUGAGAACAUCCUGGAGUCGUUGCGUGAAGGCGGCGCCACGGUCAAGAAGAUGUGCAAGGGCGGCAGCGUGCUCGGCCUGAUCACCAAGCGGCUGUCGUCCAUGUCUGGCGAUCCUGCGGCUCGAACGCUGCUCACGACACUGCUGCGAGAGGCGAGUAGACCGUACAUGGCUAUGCUGAACGAGUGGCUGCAUCACGGCGGCAUCAAAGAUCCACAUGCAGAGUUUCUCGUCAAGGAGCAGCGGAGUAUCAAGCGCGAGCGUCUAGAUCAGGACUACACAGACGAAUACUGGGAGAAGCGCUACACCGUUCGGGACGCAUUAGUACCACCGCAGCUGGAAGCAGUUAAAGACAAGGUGCUCUUAGCGGGCAAGUACCUCAACGUUGUGCGCGAGUGCGGCGGCGUCGAUGUCAGCAAAGUGGUGGAAGAUGCGCCGACGAGCUUCGACGACCCUCGAUUCCUGGACAAUGUUAACUCUGCAUAUGCCUCAGCCAACUCUUCACUGCUCAACCUUCUCCUCACCACACAUCAGCUACCGGCACGGCUACGCUCGCUCAAGCACUACUUCUUCCUCGACCGAUCCGACUUCUUUACCUACUUCCUCGAGAUGGGCGAGCUGGAGCUUAAGAAGCCAGCGAAACACGUCAACGUUGGCAAGCUGCAAUCGCUCCUCGAUCUGGCAACCCGCCACGCGGGCUCGGUAGCCGUCGAGGACCCCUACAAAGAAGACAUCAAGGUCCAGAUCAACGAUGUGGGCCUCACAAAUUGGCUGAUGAAAAUCGUCAACGUCCAAGGUCUCGACCAAGAGGCCGCAACGUCCAUAUCAAACUACACCCCCGCCAACACCGACAACAUCACAAACGACAAAGACAUCACCGGCUACCAAGCGCUCGUCUUCGACUACAGCAUGCCCUUCCCGCUCUCACUCGUCGUCAGCCGCGUCACACUCACCCGCUAUCAGCUCCUCUUCCGCUUCCUCCUCAGCCUCAAGCACCUCGAGACCGAUCUUGGCAAGUGCUGGGGCGAGCAAGGCAAGAACUCGAUGUGGAAGCACCGAUCCAAGAACCCGCGCGUCGAGCAGUGGAAACGCAGAGCCUGGACGCUACGCGCGCGCAUGAUGGUGUUCGUGCAGCAGCUCACGUACUACUGCACCGCGGAGGUCAUUGAGCCGAACUGGGUCAGCCUCAUGUCGCGGCUCAAAGACGAGGGGAAGGCGCCCGAGGAGAUGGCGGGUGAAAAGGUCAAGAGGACUGUCGACGAGCUGAUGCAAGACCACGUUGAUUUUCUGGCGACUUGUCUGAAGGAGUGUAUGCUCACCAACAGCAAGCUUCUGAAGAUCAACAACAAAAUAAUGUCCACAUGCAAUAUGUUCGCCACCUUCACCUACUCUCUGUCCCGCUACCUAAUCACCUGCGACCCCGCCCUCGUCGCCUCGGUCAACGCGUCCAUCGACGCGCAAACCCCCGCCUCGUCCAGCCAGCACCGCCACGCCGUCUUCGACCCGCAGCGCCUGGAGAAGAUGUUCGAUAUGCUCACAAAGUACGAGGAUAGCUUCACUCGCCAUCUGAAGAUUCUGCUCGAUACGCUGAAUUAUCUCGCCGCUACUGAGACGGUGGUUUUUCUCCAGCUCUGUGCGAGGCUGACGAGUGCGGGGGAGGGAUUGAGUGGGUUUCAGGUGCCAAUGGGUAUGGAGGGUGUCGUGUAG